AUGUCAUCCAGUGCACCGAUAGAUGAAGUCCUCAACACUCUUCAGCUUGUUGGAAUCUCAAGAUCUAACUUUCUGCUCAAGCUGCUUGCCAACAAGGAGUAUAUUAACCAUAUUGCAGUGAAAGAUAUCCUACAAAAUAAACAGUUAAUUCUUGAUGCUCUUUUGAAGAGUGCAGAGGAUUCUCUGAGUACUGAGCUUAAAUGGGUGACAGAUCUCAUCAAGGAUGUCUCUGCACGCAAAAUGGUGGUCCUGUCAGCGAAGGAGAGUGGCUAUCAUUUUGAUGUGGUGCAUACAGUACUGGAGCAAUUAGAGGAUUUCAGUAUCGAGGAACUAGCUAAAGACAUGGAGAAACUCGCACCUGUAACAUGGGACUUCCUUGAUACAGCUUUGUCCAUGAGAACAGCCCAAAAAAUAGGUGCGGGAAAAGACCAUGAUGAGCAUCAGCUCGAGGCAGGCAUGGAUAGUGACGAAGAAGCUUAUUGGGAGGAGCUUGGUGAAGGAGAUCUCGAAGGAAUCAUUUCUGGACUCAUCAAUGAUGCAGAAUCCAGUGUUGAGAAUCAGUGGAAAGCAAAAGCCUUGCUGGUAUGUAUUCAGCCUUUGAUAUCAAAGACAUUGAAGUUGAUGCUUAAUCUACAGAGAAAAGUAACAGUUAUGAGUAUAAUUAUGAGAAGCACAAACCAGAGAUCCAAUACCUUGCAAAGCUUGAUGGGGAUGUUCCUGCAGUCCACACACUCCCUGCAGAAAGUAAUUGAGACACUUGAAUGA